CUAUUACCAAUGUACUCACGUCUUGUAGAUCGUAAUAAUCACUUCUGUUUGCUCUGUGCGCACUUAUGGACGAUGACAAACAAGGCUUUAUAUACAACUAGGUAUUUCACUUCCUCUGCAGUCGUUUUUCUCACCUGGCUGGACAUAAUUCACAGUUCAUCAUGAAGGCUGACUGUGUGUUAAUUAUGACGUUGAUGGCGGUGGUCGCAGCUGACUUCUACAACUCCAAGUAUGACAAUUUCGAUGUCCAGCCCCUGUUGGAAAAUGAUAGAAUACUACUGAGCUACACCAAAUGUUUUCUAGAUCAAGGACCUUGUACGCCUGAUGCCAAAGAUUUUAAAAAAAUAAUACCAGAGGCUCUAGAAACUACGUGUGGUAAAUGCAGUCCUAAGCAGAAGCAAUUAAUUAGGACAGUGAUCAAGGCUGUGAUAGCUAAACACCCUGAGGCUUGGGAACAACUCAGUGACAAAUAUGAUAAGGACAAAAAAUAUAAAGACUCCUUCGACAAAUUCUUAGCCGAACAAGAAUAAACGUAAGAUAGUUAUUAAACAAUGUACAGGCGCUGGAUGGAUGAUUUAAUAGAUAGUCACUGGAAAGAUAUGUUCUAAUAAUUUUAAGUUUAAAUAUAAUAUAAAUUGAAAUAAAUACAAAUACUUAAUAAAAAAAUAA